ACGUCCUCGUGAAAGGUGAGUUCAGGUGUCCAUCGUGUCAGAGGAGCAGCACAGAGGUCGAGUCCAACAUGCCAACCAAAAAUGUCACAGACGAGCGGCUCGGAAAGUUCAAAAACAAAGGCAAAGAUCCGGCAAAACUGAGAGAGAAAAGGAUCUCUGAGUGCGUGGAGCUGCGGAAAGCUCAUAAAAAUGAGAGUUUCAUGAAGAGGAGGAAUGUGACGCUGUCGUCUCUCCCGGACGAGGAGGCCCUCUCCCCGGACUACUCCACCGACACGGUGAUGGUGUUCUCCAUCGAGGACAUCAUUAAAGAGGUGAACAGCGACAUUAAGGAGGCCCAGAUCAGAGGCUGCCAGGCGGCCAGGAAGCUGCUGUCUCAGGAGCGUAACCCUCCUCUGAAGGCGAUCAUAGAUGCCGGUCUGCUGUCCCGCUUCGUGUCCUUCCUGGUAAUGGAUGAUGAGCCAACACUGCAGUUUGAAGCCGCCUGGGCUCUCACCAACAUCGCCUCUGGAACAUCCUGGCAUACUCAGCAGGUGGUGGAAAGCGGGGCCGUGCCAGCCUUCAUCUCCCUGCUGGCCUCACCGAUGCUGCACAUCAGUGAACAGGCUGUCUGGGCUCUGGGAAACAUUGCAGGUGAUGGUGCAGCUUCUCGAGACAUCCUGAUCGAGUGUAGCGUCAUCCCAGCCUUACUCGCUCGCAUCGCCCCAGACACACCAGUCGGUUACCUGCGUAACCUCACAUGGACACUAUCCAACCUGUGUCGAAAUAAGAACCCCUUUCCCCCCCUGUCUGCCAUCAUGCAGGUGCUCCCCUCUCUGAUCCAGCUGCUCCAUUUCAGCGAUAAAGACAUCCUGUCCGAUGCAUGCUGGGCGAUCUCCUACCUGUCGGACGGGGAGAACGAGCGUAUCGAUGUUGUGGUGCAUACUGGCAUCGUCCCUCGGCUGGUGGAGCUCAUGGGUCACGAUGAGCUCAGCGUCAUGACGCCAGCUCUGAGGUCCAUCGGGAACAUUGUGAGCGGUUCAGACCUGCAGACUCAGGCGGCAGUCGAUUCGGGUGUCUUGAAUGUCCUACCUCAGCUGAUGAGGCACCCGAAGGCCAGUGUGCAGAAGGAGGCGGCAUGGGCGCUGUCCAACAUCGCUGCAGGACCCUGUAAGCAAAUCCAGCAGCUCAUCACCUGCGGCCUCCUCCCUCCGCUGGUUGAACAGCUCACAAAUGGAGACUUCAAGACUCAGAGGGAGGCAGUGUGGGCAGUAACAAACUUCACCAGCGGGGGCACUGUGGAGCAGGUGGUUCAACUGGUGCGGUGUGGAGCCCUGGAGGCCAUCAUCAACCUGCUGCAGGUCAAAGAUGCUAAAGUAAUCCUGGUCAUACUGGAUGCUAUCAACAACAUCUUCAUGGCAGCAGAGAAGAUUGGUGAGACGGACAAACUGAGCCUGCUGGUGGAGGAGCUGGGAGGACUGGACCGCAUUGAGAUGCUGCAGAACCAUGACAACGAGAUAGUGUACCAGGCCGCUCACGCCCUCAUCGAGAAGUACUUCUGUGAUAGUGAAGUCGAGGAAGUGAAGGUUGACUCAACAGCUGAUUCGUUUGUAUUCAAGACUCCUGAUGUUCAGACAACCUUUGAAUUUUAAACUUGUGUGUCUUUAAUUGUAUAAAUAAUAAAUAACUUUUCAUACACUA